CGGGGCGGUGUCGGGCGGGGCACGGCAGGGCCGCCCGGCCGGGGAGGGCGGGCGCUCGCGCGGCGCCGGCCCCUCCACCUCGGGCCCGCCGUAGUCUCUCCCGGAAGCGCCGCCAUCUUGCGGAGCCGGCCUGAGGCGGCGCAGGGAGCGGAGCGGGGCGCGGGUGUAUCCCUGGGGGCAGGUGAGGGCGGCGGCCGCCAGGAGGAGCUCGGGCCGGGCCGGGCCGGGCAGGGCAGGGACGGCGCGGAGCGGAGCCUGCGGAGAGCGCGAUCCGCCUCGCGCAGCUCAAAGAAAAUGAAUGGCACACUGGAUCACCCAGAUCAACCUGAUCUAGAUGCUAUCAAGAUGUUUGUGGGCCAGGUCCCACGAAGCUGGUGUGAGAAGGAUCUAAGAGAACUUUUUGAACAGUAUGGUGCUGUCUAUGAAAUCAAUGUCUUGAGGGACAGGAGCCAAAACCCUCCUCAAAGCAAAGGGUGCUGUUUUGUUACAUUUUAUACCCGUAAAGCUGCACUAGAAGCACAGAAUGCUCUUCACAACAUGAAGAUCCUCCCAGGGAUGCACCAUCCUAUCCAGAUGAAACCAGCUGACAGUGAAAAGAGUAAUGCAGUAGAAGAUAGGAAGUUGUUUAUUGGAAUGAUAUCCAAGAAGUGCAAUGAAAAUGAUAUCCGAGUGAUGUUCUCCCCCUUUGGGCAGAUUGAAGAAUGCAGGAUAUUACGGGGCCCAGAUGGCCUGAGCCGAGGUUGUGCAUUUGUGACUUUUACAACAAGAGCCAUGGCACAAACAGCGAUCAAAGCAAUGCACCAAGCACAAACUAUGGAGGGUUGCUCUUCUCCCAUUGUGGUAAAAUUUGCAGACACGCAGAAGGACAAAGAGCAGAAACGAAUUGCUCAGCAACUCCAGCAACAAAUGCAACAGAUCAGUGCUGCCUCAAUAUGGGGAAAUCUGGCUGGUCUCAACACACUUGGACCCCAGUACUUAGCACUUUAUUUGCAGCUCCUUCAGCAGACAGCAGCUGCGUCUUCUGGGAACCUGAACACAUUGAGCAGCCUCCACCCAAUGGGAGGACUGAAUGCGAUGCAAUUACAGAACCUGGCUGCAUUAGCAGCUGCGGCCAGCGCAGCUCAGAACACACCGAGUGGUACUGCUGCGCUCACUUCCUCCAGCAGUCCCCUGAGUGUGCUCACCAGCUCAGCAGGUUCCUCACCUAGCUCCAGUAGCAGCUCCUCUGUUAAUCCAAUGGCUUCUCUUGGAGCACUGCAGACACUGGCAGGGGCUACAGCAGGCCUCAAUGUUAGCUCUUUAGCAGGAAUGGCAGCCUUAAAUGGAGGACUUGGCAGUGGUGGUCUUUCAAAUGGGACAGGUAGCACAAUGGAAGCCCUCACGCAGGCUUAUUCUGGAAUCCAGCAAUAUGCUGCUGCUGCAUUGCCUACACUCUAUAACCAGAGUCUCUUAACACAGCAGAGUAUUGGUGCAGCAGGAAGUCAAAAAGAAGGUCCAGAGGGAGCCAAUCUGUUUAUCUACCAUCUCCCCCAGGAGUUUGGGGAUCAGGAUCUGCUGCAGAUGUUCAUGCCAUUUGGAAAUGUUGUCUCUGCCAAGGUUUUCAUUGACAAGCAGACCAAUCUGAGCAAGUGUUUUGGUUUUGUAAGUUAUGACAAUCCUGUCUCUGCACAGGCUGCCAUUCAGUCAAUGAACGGCUUUCAGAUUGGCAUGAAGCGUCUGAAAGUACAGCUCAAGCGCUCUAAGAAUGACAGCAAGCCAUACUGAGCGCCCCUCCCCUCCGGGACUGGAGUGAGAAGGAUCUUCUGGUAAGUUGGAGAGGAGCGCACUUAGUGAUUCGAAGCCCUAAGGCUGUGUUUUUACAGUCCUGGAAGCUGACCUAUGCCUUCUGUCUGGCACAUCUUCCCCUGAAGACUCGGCUGCAGCUUCUGCUGAGAAUCCCGCUUCGAAUGGAGGACAAGUUUGUGCUUUUGUUUCCAGUGUUUUACUUUGGAGUUUAGGUGCCAUAUCGCUGAGGUUUUUCGUUUUGUUUUUUUUUUUUCUCCCUUAUUUGAAGUUUGCUGUGUUUGUAACCAGUGUGUGUUGAGAAGGACCAAUGCCAGCUCCUUGGGGGUGGGAAGGGAAGGUUAAAGGGAGCAGCAGCAGCUGACACCACACUGCCUUGGGGUAGAGAGGAGAAGGGGAAGCAGAACUGACACCACACCACCAUGGGGGAUAGGAGAAGGGAAAGCAGAAAUAACACAGAACAGCUGAUGAAAACAGAGAUGGAAGGAGAACUGAGCCCAUCCAAGUCUGGGUGAGCAAAGAACUGACUCCAUGUAGCCUUUGUCAUGCCCCAUCCACUCUGAAAUUUCCUUAACUGUAUGCCAUGGUGGGGAUUUAGUAAAUCAUCUCUAAAGCAGGAGACAGAGUAUAAGGGUGAAUACAUUAACAAGCCAAAGGAAAACUGCAGUGAUUUUUUUUUUCUGUAUAUAAAGUAGCGUUUAUAUAGCAUUGUGAAUGUACACAGCACUUUAUAAAAUUGUUAGAUAAUGUUCCUGCUCAGAAAAAUGUUACUGUCCAUUUACAGUUGAAUAUUAACGAGAUGCAGUGAAUUUCUCCAUAUUUAAGAAAACUUACGUGAUGUACUUUACUAGGUUUUGUAGAAAUGUAUAGAGACAGACAGCUUAGUCUGGAUGAAUACAUCUGGGGCUGGAAACAAGAAAUUUUUGAUCCCUGGUAACCUGCAGAAUUAUUUUGACAAUUUUUCUUCUUAACAGUUCAUCACAUUCCCCAUUUCUGUGGAAUAAUGUUCUUUUUACAGAGUAUUACUUUGAAUUCAUUCUGAUAAGCAUAAUGUAAGUGCUGUUUGUUUCUCUAUUAAAAUGACUGUUAAAUUGGGAUGGAAAGCCCAGAGUUACCUGAACACGGCUCUUGAGGCUCCUGUUUCAUACAUGUUCUCAUAGGGUUUGAUUUCUCAGUCUUAACUGUUACAAAGAUAACUUCCUGGUUGUUUUUAAAAACAAACAAACAAACAAAAAAAAACCAAAACAAAAACACAACCAAAAAAAACAAUUAGUGUGGUGUUUCUUUAUGCUGCAGUUUUCCUUUAAGGUGGUGUGUACCAGUGCAAAAUAGGCUAACACACGAGCUGUGGAACCAGAGCAGAGCAUCAAGCCAUUCAGUCUUAUUCUGCCUUUUGGUACUAGCUGUUAUCUUCUAUACUGAAGGAAAAUUGAACACAUUCCUUCAACAAACAUACACUUUUUCUGCACACUUGUGAAAUUGCUAAUGGGUUGUUAAGGGCCUUUGUUACACGCUGGUUUUAGGGGGCUCAAAGGACUUUUGACACUCUGGCCUGAGUUGUUUUAAGAAAUCAUAGUAAGAGUCCCAUUUUAUAACCAUCAAAAUUCACCUCUGUCACAAGAGGGAGUUUACAAUUUCAGUGCAUCUUUAACAGAAGUUCCAUUUACCUCAUAUUUUCUCCUUUUCCUUGUUUUCUUUGUGUUCCUGGUUCAUCAUGCUGUUUCCCAGGGCAUCAGCUAACACUGCAAUUUGGGAGCCAGCUGCUAAAUAGUGAGUGUGUGGGUCAGACGCAGAGUUGGGACUUCCUGUUCUGCUCCCACAGGAGGAGCGCGAAACCCAUCAAACCUGAGAUCGCCUUCAGAAUCUGCACCUGUGUGUUGGUGGUCAGUUAGGAAUGUCAGGCGUUCCCAGGGACUGGGUCCCCUGGGAUCUCAAACCUCAGAAAUACAAGGCCUGAUCUGUAGCAUCCAAGAAAAGCCCUUUCCAUUCUUAAAUUGAAAAUCAGUUAGUUAAUGCUGGUCUGUCUAUAUUGAUGGCAAGCAGGUAAAUCUGUCGGUAUUACCCAAAUCAUUUUGUGGUGGCAAAGGUUCAAAGGCCAGACUGCCAAAUUUCCCAGUUACGCUGGCAUGUGGUACCCUUCUAUGUUAAUUAUUUGAAUCUCUCUAGAAACAUAAACAUACACUUAAGUGAACCAUGUACACUUGAAUUCUGCACGGAAAGAUGUGCCCUGGUUUUCUGAGAAGAGAGUGUUGGAGUGUGAAGGCCUCCAGGGUGAUGACGGGAUAUUUUUUUUUUUAAUAAAUAAUAUACUUUUAAAAAAAAAAAAGAAAAAAAACAAACAAACAAAAAAAAACAUAGUUGGGAGCAACUGCUCCAAGUGCAACCUGCUGUAACCAAGAAUGUUGUUUCUAUUUUUAUAGAAGUUUUAUACCGCUCCAGGGUGGAGAAUAUUUAUUACCUAAAUUAUUUCACUGGAAAAAAAGGCCAGGGUUUUGUAGAAUCCUGAAUGUGAUUGUUUUACAUACAUAAUGAUGUGCAUGAUUGAAACUACUGAUUUUCAGUGGCCUGUUUGCAGCCCAGCAACUGCUAAAUGGGGAAGACGAAUGCUGUGAACCAGUGGAGGAGAGCACUGUGCUCUGGGGUCUCUACAGUCACUCUUACCUCCUUUGCAUCCUACCCCACUGUACUAUCUUGAGACCUUUGUCCUGUUUUUCUUUUAACCUGAUGCUCUGGCCUCGUUACUAGUCAUUUCAGUUGCCCAAAAUUAGAUAUCUUAGCUUCUGCAUCCUAUAGUGCGUACUCAAUACUUAUGGAUCAAGCUUGGUGUUGUUGCAAAUAGGUGCAACUCCUAUUGACUUUAGGAGAUUCACCAGUUUACACUGUUGCUUAGUUUGAUCAGUGACUCCAGAGGUAAUCACCUUAAGACACCUAACUUGGACUAGCUCUUGUGCCUUACUGGCGUAACUAUAAGUAUUGCCAAAAAGAAAGAAAUCUAUGCAGGUUAAAUUUUAAAAGAUGUGAUCCUCAGAUGGUUUGAAUCAAUGCAGUUCUGCUCCCUUCAGUAGAGCUGCAUCAAAUUUCACCAGCUGAAGAUGUUGCCCUUUUCUGUGUUUGUUUCAGAUUUCCCUUUCAUGGUGUGUCAAUGUAUGUUGCCAAAGUUAAUAAAUGUAUCAAGUUUGUGACUUGGGCAGAUUUUUUUCUGAUAACAGAACCGAUCAGAUAAAGUUAGCAUUUCUGUGUCUGUCUGGUGGCUGCCCCUGACUGGAGAUUUCAGUGGUUCUUGCCUUCCAGUCUAAAGUCAGUUUUCUUCCUCACUCAUCGGCAGGCAAGUUUGGGAUUUGGGGGACUUGAGGCUUUAAAAUUUUAUUUUAAUUCCUAUCAUGCUGUCAUUCAAGUGCAGAUCAAAUCAGUGUCAAAUGGUUUAUUUCCUGGACAGUCAGAUAAGAGUAGGGUGAGUCCAAAUAAACUGCAGGAGGAUUGGCUUAGUUAGCCACAUGGGCAAGGUAUUCUGUAUUCUCAUAAACCAAAGAAUCUGUAUUUUCUAUAACAAAAGCUAGUAGGACCUCUGAUUAAAUGUAUUCCAUAUUACAUAUUACAUGUGCCACCGGGAAAUACUUACAUAUCUUUAGAAACAAGAUGGAAAUGGUCUGCUUCAUAGAUAUUUUUUUGCUCAGAAGACAUUUGAGUUUACUAGAUAUGCCAUAAUAAGAUGAAAGUAUUAUGAACAAUUGAAGUCUUAGUCUGAUGCUACUUAGUAUCAAGUACUGCAGUAAACAUACUCAUAGAUUCUCUGGUCCUCUAAAUAAUCAGAGUCCAAAAUAGGAUAUAUCUUUGUAGUUCAGUUUUUUUCUUCCAGUAAUGCAAGGCUUGCAUUAUUAGAAAAUGCCUUUGAUAUAUAGUGAUUAAAUUUUAAUUCUAACCAGAAUGAGGAUUGGAGUUUUUCAAAAGUACCUGAGAUAACGAUGGUGAAUUUUUCCUUUCUGUUUUAAUGGCGAGGUGGUUUACCAUCUGUGGGUGCUACUAUCUGGAAAGUAGGUGCCUCAGAAAAUUUCUCACUGACAAAAACAUCUGUAAGGAAGAAGCUUUUUAUCUGACCACUGAAGGUCACGUAGCAUGAUAGAUACUGCUUGCACAAUAGAAUUAACUGAAGUGUUUCUUCUUGUUAGUGGUUGGGAUUUAGGGAAGAACAGUUUCCUGUUUCAUGUGGAAAUAUCUAAAAGCAACUUAGAUAAAGCAAAUUGUAAAUGAAGGGUGCAGCUAUGAACAUGUAAAACGCUUUGAGAGCUUCUCAUUGCAAACAUUUAAACAUAAGGAUGUGAUAUAUUCCUGAGCAUACCUACCACAAAAUAUAAAACACAGAAGGCAGAAUUACCACAGUUAUGAGAACAAAACAAGGACAGACUGGAGUAACUUUAGUUAUUUAGUUCAUGUCCAGCAUCUCAUGGCUCUGCUCUUGUAGGCCAGUCCUUCCUCGGGGCUUUUAUGAAACUUAAAUCUUUCCCCUCAAAAUUGCUGAUUUAUUUGAAAAAUAUUUAUCAAAGCCCCACACACACAUAAAUCACACAAAUAAUUUCUAUAAUGCAUGCUUAGAUGUCACUUGAUUUCAUGCCUCUUGUUGCUUCUCAUGCCUCAGUUUGUAAUGAAUUUGCCUUUCUGGUUUAGGACUGAAACCUUACAGCUAUCUGCAGACUAUCUAGAGUAUUUCUAGAACUAUAGAAAUAACUGCAAGAGUCACGUUGUACUCCGUUUGCUGAAGUUGGUUGAAACUCCAUACUAAAUCCUUUCCCUGAAUUGGAAAGUACGAAGAGCAAAUUAAUGUCAAUUCUAGCGAGUGGAGUGUUGCAAGUUUAGUUGACAACAUGCUUCUUGUUGCUUUGGAGCUAGAAUGCACACUGCUGUUCUCAGUCUUGCUAUAAAUGCUAUAAGAUGAUAGACAAAUCUCACCUGGCUCUGGUCUCAAAGCUACUGGUUAGAGACUAGAUGUGCUGAGGAAUAAGGCCACAAACAGGGGAGUUGAGCAGGGGCAGGAAGGGAGGAAGAAAAAAGAAAAAACUUGCCUCCUCUCCCCUACCGCCUGCAUUCUUCCCAAAAUGUUCCUUGUCUCUUGCAGCUCACAAGCUGAGGGGAGGAAACAAAGGUACUGAUACCAUUCAAUACAGGAAUUAUUGUAUUUAUAAACUUUUAAAGAAAGCUUCAGGAAACACAUUUUAUCUAUUCAUCAAUCUGGCAACAGUGACUGUAGAGCUUCUCAGAGCCCAGAAUGCCCUCCUCACAAAGUCAGGGAGCUGGGGGCUGUUUAUAUAAAAGGUUGGAAUGGAAAAUCCCUGUGCAGGUCUAAUGGUAUGAAAAGUGCUCAGUUAGGACAAGUCUUAACUGGCAGUUAAGUCUUGAGGAAUUCUUCUCUGAUGCAUGGAGGUUUUGUCUUGUAUAAUUUUAUUUGCCUCCCCCCCAUUCCAAAUCACCCAACCCCAGUUUCAUGGGCUCCUAGGGAAUGAGAAGGGACUGUAGCUGAAGGAAAGAACAUGGAUUUCCUGGGCUUCCACUGCCCAAGAACUUACCAUGUUAGGAUGCAAGAAAAGUCUCAGCCGUCAAACCACCUGUGAAUCCCUUGUGUCCUCUGUCUUGUCUCUUACGGUCUCAGUCUCUGUGGGCAGAUGUUAGCCCUGGAGUCAUGUUUUUUGGAGUCGGUCUCCUGGGGAGGGAGCUUGCUCAUUUCUUCUAAACAGAGCUAGUGGAGACACUGGGCUCGGGGCAAGGUGUAGGAGUGCAUGCUAACCGAUGUGUCACUAGGCUGUGGAAUGCUCCGCAGACUGGGUGUUAAGAGGGAAAUCCAGGCCUCUGCUUCCAUUUGGUUUCUGGCAGUUUGAUGUUUACUUGGUGUCCUUCAUGUACUUCGACUUUUACUUGUCCAUCGUUGGCAUGUGCUGCCCUUCCCUGUCAACUCCCUCCCCCAGGAGAUCUCAUUGUACAGUGCCCAUUCUUGUUCUCUCUCUCCGUGUUUGGAUGUACUGCUCUGUGUAACUCAGUGGGUCUCCCUCUUUCUGGUUUGUUUUUUUUCUAGAUUCCUGCCGUUUGUUCAUCGUUGUGCCUAAAGCAUGUCGAUGUGGCGUUCAAGUACAUCGUCCAAAUCCUUGUCUCUUCAGCUUCUCUGAUGCUUGAACUCUCACCUUUGACCUUGUGUUGACCUUUGAUGCUGAUGUGUAUUUUUAUUAUGUUUGUUUCUUUCUUUUUUUUUUUUUUUGUGCUGCCAAAUUGGUUUUGCUAGAAAGACUGCUGAAGGGGAAUAUUUAAACUUGCAUUUGAAUAUAAAAGAAUUUCUAUUUUUCUAGACCUUCGUAAGAUAACCACUUGAUUUUGUGAAUCUGAUUCUUUGUAAUUGUCUUCAGAGCAGCCUUGCUAGCAUACCUUGUGGAGUAUUGUAUUUCUGUGAACAUACAGCCAAUCACUUUCUAGGCUUAGUUUUUUCUGUGUGCUCAGUUUUAAAAACACAGUUUUGAAGAAAAAGUCAAUUAUAUGGUGUGACUCAAUCUUUCAGGAGACUUCCUAGUCACAUUUUGCUGAUCUGGUUUCUAUGCUUGAGGAGACAGCAUGUGUUUUUGAGUUCAAACUUGUGACUUGAGUGGCAUCAGCAGAAAACACUUGAACUACAUUUUCGUCUGAUUGUAGCUACAUUUUUGCUCUGGCAUUUAUUGAUUUUUUUUUAAUUAUUAUUAUUAUUAUUAUUAUUGUUUUUUCCCCUGCUCCCCUGUGUGAUUAUCAGUCUGCAGUGAAAAUUUGAUCAAAGUUGAUGUUGUAUUUUGUUAAGCUCCAGCAUGCUUGGUUUUUUUGUAACUACAAUCUCCUCAGCAAAAUGUGAUGAUUGUUUUAAUCUUUCAAACUAAGAUCGUGCCCAGAAAUGUUUUGCAUGUUUCCUGCUGUUUUCUUCACACCCUCGUAUAUAUCACCUUCACCUCUCUGUUUUCUAUAGUUUGUGCAAAAACUGAGGAAUUUAAUGGGUUUCAAAGGUAUCCUUUAAAUUGUUUUUUUUUGGUAUGACAAAUAUCUGAUCGGAAGCCACCUGAGGGCAUCUACCUGUGCACUUAGACUGUCUGUCUGACAGAGCACCUGGACCUUUUUCCAUCUCCAGUGCUGUCAGAGGCUCCCAGGGACUUGGUUGCACUGUUCCUGUAGUGGAAGGGGAUUCCACCUUCCUUUGGUGGAAGGGGAUAGCUGGGCAGCAGGAAGGUGGGGGAGCUUCAUGGUAUUUCUGUUCCCAAAUUUAUCUGAAGCUAGGGCUGCUUUGAAGCACUCUUUAUGAGCAUUUUCUAUAAUUCAGGGCACAUACUUGUGAAGUCCAGCCCUUGUUUAAUACCAUUAGUCAAACCUUGGUGGCAGGAUCCUGGAAGGAUUUAGGUUAGCUCUUGAAGUAAAGUGUUUGAAAUACCCCAGAAAAAGCAUCUGUAAACCUGGUCCUGCAACUGCUGGCUCUUUUCCCAAGUGACAAGCACAAUACAACAGCCUCUGAAGCUGUUACCUGAACAGGGUACCAUCCCCAGCUCUCUUCUCAAGGGCCUUAGCUGGGGAAUCUCUACGGAGAUUUUUUAGUUUUUGUUUAGUUUUUAAUUGGGUAAUGAGCUAAGCAGUUUUUCUGGCUUGCAGCAUGGACUAGAACAGGUUACUGCUUUCUGGGUAGCAGGCUCCCCCCUACCCUACGUACCAUCUGCACAGGUAGAAACUGGGAUGUAGCUUCUAGAUGAAGGCACCUGAAUAGUGUGUGCUGUGAUGAAGUUUCAGUCAGAAGGAGAAGUAAGCUCGUGUAGGUAUCGUAAUAGUAGAAAAUAAAGUGAAAUGAAAUCCCAGGAGAAGGAGUUUCACUGCGAAAACAAAUCGUGUUUGAUUGAAGUCUUACUUUCGUCCAGUGUUUGGAAUGAUACAAAGAUGCAAAAGGAUUAUUUUUUUUCUCUCCUACUCUUGAGUUGGCUGAGGAUACUAUAAUCUCAACAGAUAUUGACUAGACUUGCAUAGACGGUCUUUAAUCUGCCUGCAAGACAGAACACGUUUGGAUAUGGUACAUAUACCUGGGAGUGAAGCGUGAGGCUGGAUGAAAAAAAGGAUAGAGCCUUGUUUCUUUGGGAGGUAGGGUUGUGGGCUGGCUGCUGUUAGUCCCACAGUCUGAAUGCACAGGGCUCUGUGUUGGUGGGGGGCACUGGUACCCUGCAGUGUAUUGAGAAACUGCCAAUACGUUUCUGUACAUGCGCGUUUGGUUCCAUAAGGAACUUUGGGGAAACCUGUGGAAAAAUAUCUGAAGAAAACCAAAAUGCCAAAUGUUGGAUGUUUCUUUCCUUUCUUCUUUCCUUUUCUUCUUUUGGUUGUUUUAAUUGUUCUGUGGUGGUUUUAAUGGAUUUGAGACAGUGGAGCAGCAGCUGCCUUUCUGAUUUUUGGCUGCUUUUUGUGAAUAAUUUAAAAAGAAAAUUUACAUUUUGGAGACAAACCUGUGGGCUUUUUUAUUGGUACAAACAUUGUAUUUAACACUAGGGGUUUUGUACAGUUUUUUGCCUUUUCUACUAGAAAACAAUGUAAAGUGAUUCACAAUGUGACGAGAAAACAAAUUGCCACUAUGACCAAAUGUAGAGUCUGUUCUGCAGUAAUGGGAUUUAAUCAACUCAAAGUUGUGGUUCAGUCGUAGAAAUGCUUUUCUUUACCUUGUUUGAGCUGUUCCUUUUUUUUUUUUUUUCUUGUUUUGAUUUGCAAAACAAAAUGUCUUUUUGUGUGAAAUUGUGUUGUACUCUGUAGAGAAUUACGAUUUUACUUUAAUGGUUUAAAAAGCAGAGGAGCACAUGUUGCUUAUCUGAUCGCAGAGUUUGUGUAGUGGAUUUAAAAAUGAAAAGAUUUGUUACAAGUUUGGAACGAGCGAGUAUGUGUUAAAGGAGUUUUCUUCCUUUUGUGUGUGUGUGUUUUUUCUUUUUGUCCCAAAGGGCAACUUAAAGCUGUUUUAAUUGCACAGACACACCGACAACAAGUCAUUUUGUAUAUGCCAAGUGUGGUACCUUCCUUUGUUUAUUUGCUAUUAAACUGUUUGAGAAGA